AUGGGGAUCCAGUACUUGGAGCAAAAUCGCCGUCACCUGAACCCCGAGCAGCGGGCUCGCAGGAAACCGGAGGACCCCGUGGCUGGGACCUGCAGCCGCCUGACUCAUCGGUCCCUGCUAGCAGCUCUCACCAGGGGCAAAUUCAAGAUCUGUGAGCACCCAAAUGGCUCCUGCCAGGAAUUUUGCCUUGAAAAAGAAGUCCACGCCGGGCAAUGUUUAAAUGGCCUAACAUGCUGCCUGCCCGUGGGGAAUGAGCCCUUCAUCGAGCCUACAACACCCAAGGAAAGAUGA